CUUCAGUUCAGGGUYAAAGGACAGGUGUGUUUCUCUCCUGCGUUGUUCACUUUGAGGACAGAAAAUGUUGCACUUCCUGUUGCUGUUCAGUCGGCAGGGGAAGCUGCGGCUGCAGAAAUGGUUCACGCCAUUAUCAGAGCGGGAAAAGAAAAAGGUGAUCCGGGACAUGAUGAUGUUAGUGCUGCCUCGGGCCCCGCGAACCUGCAACUUCCUUCACUGGAAGGACCUCAAGAUCGUUUACAAGAGGUAUGCCAGUCUGUAUUUCUGUGCUGGUGUGGACAGCCAGGAUAAUGAACUGCUCAUUCUUGAAGUUCUGCACAGAUAUGUUGAGCUGCUGGAUAAAUACUUCGGCAAUGUGUGUGAGCUGGACAUCAUUUUUAACUUUGAGAAGGCCUACUUCAUCCUGGAUGAGUUCCUGAUGGGUGGAGAAGUUUUAGAAACGUCCAGGUUUGCUGUGGGUGGGUCUAUGGAGGAGGCCGACACACUGCAGGAGGUAAAGUUCACACCACUUCUUCAACUUUUCCACAUGUUCUCUAGUAUUUUACUGGAAACGUACGUGAUGGACAAACACAAAGCAGCAGCAUCAGGGCCGGCCCUAGCCAAUWUGGCCCCCURKUUGGAUGGUGCCCUUAGCAUUUGCCUUUACCGGCCCUAUGCUGUGGGGAGGCUUUUCUUCAGCAGGGACAGUGAAGCUGGUCAGAAAUGA